AAUUUGUGUAUAGACAAAAGUAUUCCCAACCUUGGGUCAGUUUUUUAUUAUCGUCCUGUCCUCUGUAUACUUUCCAAUUCUAGAGUUGAGUAUACGAUUUAUUCUUCUUUAUAACUCGUAAUCGAACAAAGAUUGCUCCUUGAGCGUAAUUUGCAAGCCAAACAGAGUUAAUGUCAUUGAAAUUGGAAAAAGACCGUUUCGCACCUUUAAGGAGCUUUCCUUAAUUUUGAGUGACCAACAAAGAAAGGUUCUCAGAUCGUGAACGAGUCAAAAACUGGUUGUAGCAAAACCCGUUCUUGAUUUGUUAUCAAAAUAGGGUCACAAGUAGUUUCAAAUUUACCUUGCAGAGACAAGAUUGAUCAAACUCAACUCUGUUAAAAGGCUACAGUGUCGCUAGGGAGUUGAGAGGACCUUUGUUACGACACUGUUCUUCUCGUUUCACAACAAUACUGAGAUGUGAGAUUGAUUGUAUCUAGCACACUUAUAGUUCCAGAAACUUUUUACAUAUCUCCAAGUGGAAUAUAUUCUUUCAUAAAACUCACUAGUCACUUAAAAUAAUAUAUCUCCAGUGAAAGGAGAGAAUACAAAGCGAUCCUUCUCAUAAUAAUCCAAUCAGAAAUGAACACAAUGGUUUGAUUGUUGGAUGAAAGGGAAGUUUCACCCUUCAAAUGUUUCUUUUAGAACAGUCCAUCGAUAUUUACAACUUUUAUUAUCUCUUUGGAGUUUAUAUACUUUAUGCAACACUUGUUUUUAUUUCACUUUUGGUCUUGUAUGGAAAUUUGAGAUUAGCGUUGUCGAGAAGAGAGCAAAGACAAAGGAAUUCAAGCUGUGUCUUUGGGUUGAUAUUUCCAAGAUAUUCUGCAAGAACAAGAAACCAGUCAGACUCUCAGUUGAGUGUUUUGGUCAGUUCACAGAAUUAUAUUCCGUAUAGUAGUUUUUUUUGCCUUCUAUAUGACUCUUUUCAAGAUGGAGAAAUCGAUCAAUUCUCUAUUGAUUCGAAUAUGGAAAACGACACCCAUAAGGUUUGACAGUUUGUGAAAACGAAAGCUGAAUAAACUUGUAUUUUGAAAGCAAGGGAAAAGUUUUCAGUUCAAAAUAUACUCACCUUGUUGAGAACCAUGAAAUAAAGCAGGGAAAAGGACACUGUUGAAAAAUCUUGGUUGUGUUCACCUGGGUAAAGAGUUGUGACGAUGGCGACUGUAGCUAUUAGUCCGUUUUGAGAAACGCCUUUGUUUUUUUGAAUUACUGGGUUUACCAAAAGUUAAGUUUUGUCUAAAGUCGUAAGAGUGAUAGUGUUGAAGCCAGUAUUGCUGCUGUUUCUGAAAGGCAUCUAUUGCAAAUCGUCUUUGGUCCUUAUAUAGUUGAAGAGGAGGGUAACAUUAGUAGUACGGUGUGAAUGGGAAACAAGGCGACUUGUGUAUAACAGUAUUUGCCUUUUCAAGAGUGCUGCUGAUCUGUUUUUUCUUUUCAACACACUGAAGGUCAUUCUGUUGAAAAUAGUGGUAGUUGUAGCUGUCAAAAAGGUGAAAAGGAGACACAACAUUUUGUGCAAACAGGUUGCGUUUGGAUAGUAUACAAAGUAGCUCUGAAAGACAUUCAUGAAGGAUUGGUUGAACUUCUACAGUGUUACACAAGUGUACACAUUGAUGUCAUCGUGUCCGACUAGAGUUUUUGGUUUGACUCUGAAGAUAAAGUCCAACUUUUUGGU